UUAUUUUUGGCACAUUCUGUUAGAUAGAAAUAGCCACAAGGGAAAAAAGAAGAAUAAGAAUUAUUUGAAACAGAAAAUACAGUUUUUACGAGCUGGUGAGUCUCUGGUGAUACACGAGUGACUGUGAGGACAAUGCUAGGGACCGCUGGACGCUUGUCUACUUGUCUAGGAUGGUCAUAGCUUGGCAGGAUCGUAGGAUGAAAGAAUACAAAUAACCAUCUAAUUGGGAUUGAGGAAACCAGAAUAAAGCAAACAACACGUACGUAACUCUGACUAAGUGACACAAUUACCUGAUGAUGAAAAAACAAAUGUCCGCCAAAGUUCAGAGUGUGAAAAAGGCUUUGGACUUACUUAGAUCCAGGCAGGAGAGUCAAGCUGCUAAGAAGCACAGAAAGAUUUUAAAAAGCAUAGAUGACAGAACUACGUUUCAUUGUUGUAGUAGUAAAAUGCACAACAGACGCAAUCGUAAGACAAAGAAAGUGGCUUCAUCAGGAUUCUCUCAUGCCUUAAUAGCUACUGAAAUGAGAAAAUGCCUAAUGAGACAUGAUUGGGCGCAUAUAACCGAACUUAUGCCUCUCUUGUUAAGAGGGCAUUCAGAAACAGAGCCACUAAUGUGGAGGUAUCUGAUUAUACAAAUAUUGUACAGUAGCAAAGGUAAUUUGGCAAUGCUUAAUCAUUUCCUCGAAAUGUGUGUGCGUUGCCCAAGUUCAGAUUUUUUAAAUAUGGUAUUAGCACUUCCCGCUCAAAUUAAAGACACUGACUCCAUGUCAAUUGAGUACGACAGUUAAUGCUAUAAACUUGAAUCAUUUACAACAAUUAGGUAAUACAAGAGUGUGAGGAAUACAUAAAAAUAUGCCACGUAAGUGUUUUUUCGGUAUCUGAAUCAGAAGUAAUUGUUUGCGAAAAAUAACGGUUUACCAUCUCAACAUAUUGCGAAAUUAGCACAAAUAAAUAAAUGCUUCGUGUAUCUUGACAUCUGUUGUUGGUAAAAAUGGGAAAUUUGCUAAUUAUUCGAUUAAACAUUAUAUACUUGUAUAUUACUUAUUUUCGUACAGUGUUUUUAUGAUGAUCAUAAUAAAAGUUAAUAUUAAUACAAAGAUACUAUUUACAACGAUUCAAUAGAUCAUCGGCGUUUCCAAUAAUAUUAAAAACUAUGUAAGUGAUGCAAACAACAAUAGGGCAUUAUGUACACGUGUUGUUGUUGCAAUAAAAAUAAUAAUAAUAAUAAUAAACCACAAGGUAACAUAUAAAAUACAGCUAAAGACUGUCCGAAAAACAUUCAGACUGGCUUUCAUUGAUUACCUACGUGAAAUCAAUUUGUACAUACAAAAAGUACCUACAAAAUGCAUUUGUAUUGAUGAAUUCAAAUUCAGGUACAAGCUAUGGCAAUUUUACAGAAUAACUAUAUUGAACAACACCUAAAUGAUGUUCG